GUCCUACUUUCUGUUUCAAUCUAGGAAAACAGCAUGCAGCAUGACAUGAUGACUGCAAGUGUUACGAACAAGACCAUUCUUGAGCCUCAGUUAAAAUAUCAUGUGUUUUCUGAUAAAAUAAUGGACAAAGUGUUUCAUUUCCAAGUGUUAAGAUUAAAAGACAGUUUCUUUAUUUCGGUCUGUACUUCGAACAAGUUAGGAAAUCUAGCAGUUGCAAUGCAAACAAAAUUUAGCAGUAUUCCUUCUGGAGCAGUUCUUCUUGGCCCAUCAGAUUCCCAUUGCUUCACCAUAGCACAGCGAUUAGCUAAGAAAACUGGGAAGCAGGUUUUUGUGAGUGGAAGUUUGGACUAUGACCAGCUUAUGCUACCCCUCAUAGAAAAACGCAUCGGACAGGAAUUGCAGAACUUUCCUGAAAAAUUCUAUGAACCAAAUUAAAGCUGUUUAUAACAUGUUUUAGCACUAAUUACUACCACUGUUCUACUGAAUCUUGAUGAUCUUGACUAUCUGUUUCCAAAAUAAAAAUGACAUGGUAAAACAAUAUUCCAACAAAGCACAUACUAGUCUAGAUAGUAGAUAGAGAGUUACUGUCAUGAAGCAUGCAUAUAUUUGUCUUUUAUUCAAAAUAAAUGCUUCAAAAGAUUCAGUUUACAAAUAUAUGACUUUUAACAUGUUUACCUGUUGUUGUUUUUUUUUAUUACUGUACAUUGUAAGGUGCUACAAUUUAACUAUCACUGAGUGUUUAGCUAAGUCUAUACAUACUAUGCCCUCUUAUAUUUCAUGAAGAAUUGUGCUGUAAUGUUGAAAUGAACCUGUCAUUUUCACAUAAGAAGUCUGUUUGGGGAUUCUGUGCAUA